GGGCGGCGCCCCCGCGAGGAGUCCAGCCCCCGUCCCCGCCCCUCCUUCUCCAGAACCGAAGAGAGAGAGAGACAGAGAAGGAGAGACCCACCGAGCGGGGAUCGCUUGCGGAGAGUUUCCGUGGGGGGAGGAGGAGGAGGAGGAAGAGGAGGAAGGCGGGACGGCGCCCCCCGGAGAGACGUGGCUCUGGAUCGCCUCCUCCUUCGUCGGUCUUCAACGCUUUCAGCCAUCUGGAUCCAGUGGCAGAACAACCGAGAGCAACCGUCCAUCAUGAAAGCAUUUAAAAAACGUUGAAAGAAAUACAAGAAGACCAUGGGGAAUUCAUAUGCAGGGCAACUGAAAUCUGCCCGUUUUGAAGAAGCUCUCCACAACUCAAUAGAAGCCUCUUUAAGAUGUAACACUGUCGUUCCUCGGCCCAUUUUCUCUCAACUUUAUCUUGAUCCUGACCAGCCGCCGGAAGGUAACCAAGCAAACGUGAAGCCAAAAGUAGAGGAGCUGGACAAAGAACUCAUGCACCGUUACACCCAGAAUGGAAGCUUGGAUUUUUCCACUACCCAAACUAUUAAUGAAAUGGAUGAUGAAGAAGAAGAUGAGGAUACCUCCGAUUCCAAUAGUCCACCAAUUCCUUAUGCACAAAAACCUGCCCCAGAAGGGUCUUGCACUACUGAUGGUUUUUGUCAAGCAGGCAAAGAUUUGCGGUUAGUAUCGCUGUGUAUGGAACAGAUCGAUAUCCCGGCAGGCUUCCUGUUGGUUGGAGCCAAGUCUCCAAAUCUUCCUGAGCACAUUCUAGUCUGUGCUGUUGACAAGCGGUUUCUGCCAGAUGACCAUGGAAAAAAUGCACUUUUAGGUUUUUCUGGAAACUGUAUAGGCUGUGGAGAAAGAGGAUUUCGAUAUUUCACUGAAUUUUCCAACCACAUCAACCUGAAGCUCACCACUCAGCCAAAGAAGCAGAAGCACUUAAAGUACUACCUAGUAAGAACCUCUCAAGGUGUGCUGUCAAAGGGACCCCUUAUAUGCUGGAAAGAAUGUAGAAGCAGGCAAUCUUCUGCUGCUAGCCAUUCUGUUAAACCUAGUUCAUCCGCAUCUCCAUCCAUGACCGCUGAGAGUGGAACUGCUAAUGGAUACAAGCCAGGGUUCACACAAACAGAUUCCUCAGUAUUCAAUCAAGCACAAUCUUCAUCUGCUGUUAAUUUAAGUGGAAUUCAAGAUUUGUCACGGAAUAAGAAUGUAGUGAGACCACUUGCUUUGCCUGUGCAACUUGUAGGAAACACAUUUGCAACAGCUCCCCUGCCUCUCCAUGCCUCUGAUGUUGCUAGUGGAAACAACAGUGGAGGAAGGAUGAAUGCAAUGAGCUCUCCAAUUGCUCGCCCUGUGCCUCAUUCAAUGUCUCCUGGGCCUAGCUGUGUGGCGGGGGAGCAAGCAUCCAUGUCUAGUUCUGGGCCUCCAAAGAAACGUCAUCGAGGAUGGUCUCCCGGAUCACCAGUCCCUCCUCCUGGCUUAGUCGUGCCUGUUCCUGCAAUUCGGCCUCUUCCCAGAGCAGAGCCUCUUUUGUCAGUCCCAGUUCCCCAACCAAUGUUAACUGGAAUUUUACAGCCUCAGCCCAUCCCUGCAGGGGAGACUGUAAUAGUUCCUGAAAAUCUGCUGAAUAACUCAGGAGUCAGACCAGUGAUUCUGAUAGGUUAUGGCACUUUACCCUAUUUCUAUGGGAAUGUUGGAGACAUUGUAGUAAGUCCCUUGCUCGUGAACUGCUACAAGAUUCCUCAGAUGGAAAGCAAAGAUUUGGAUCUCUUUGGAUUGGCCGGGAGCCAGUUGCUAACUGUGGAGAACAUGAUUAUUUUAACAAUACAGUAUCUUGUCCGGCUAGGUCCCGAUAAGAUACCUCUCAGGGAAGAAUUUGAACAGAUCAUGCUGAAAGCGAUGCAGGAAUUUACUUUAAGAGAGCAGUCCUUACAAAUGAAUGCUCAGUGCUUCUCCUUGUCACCAACUCAGCUCCCAUGGCUUGCCAGGUUAAUUGCCAGCGUCUCUCAAGACAUGGUGCAUGUGGUGGUCUCCCAAAAUUCCCUGGCUGAAGGCAUCUCAGAAACACUGAGAUCACUGAGUGAAAUGAAGUGCCAGCAAAGAUUGCCAGAUUAUGUGGUUGCAAUCUGCACCUCAAAGAUCCGGGGGAAUGAAUUCUGCGUAGUAGUUUUAGGUCAACAUCAGUCAAGAGCUUUGGCAGAGAGCAUGCUUACUACCAGUGAGUUUUUAAAGGAGAUCAGUUAUGAGCUCAUUACUGGAAAAGUUAGUUUUCUGGCAUCACAUUUCAAAAAUACAUCUUUAGGUGAUGAAUUGGAUAAGUUGCUAGAAACAAUGCAGCAAAGACGAGGAGAUAAUGUUGUAAUUCCAUUCAAUGGAGAUAUUAAUGAAUGUGUAUCAUCUCAAGAAGCAGCUGCCAUGGUUUGCACCCAAGAACUAGAUUUGGACACUGAAACCUUCCAAAUUUAUCAACCACAGCUCACAAUUGCCAGAAAACUUUUGUCGCAGGUAUGUGCCAUAGCAGACAGUGGUAACCAAAGUCUGGAUCUGGGUCACUUCAGCAAAGUAGAUUUCAUCAUUGUGGUCCCUCGUUCAGAAGUGCUGGUCCAGCAAACCAUUCAACGGAUUCGACAAUCAGGUGUUCUUGUAGACUUGGGCCUUGAAGAAAAUGGAGCAGCUUACCAAAGAGCUGAAAAAUAUGUGGUGCGGCUAGACAAUGAAAUUCAAACCAAGUUUGAUGUUUUUAUGAAGCGGGUGAAGCAGAAUCCAUACACUCUUUUUGUGCUGGUACAUGACAAUGCCCAUGUAGAUAUGACGAGUGCUAUUUCAAGCUCUCUAUCCCAUGGAGAGCCUAGCUAUGGUCUUGCAGAUAGAGUGAUAAACUGCAGAGAGGUUCUUGAAGCUUUCAAUCUCCUUGUCCUUCAAGUGAGUUCUUUCCCGUAUGGUCUUCAAACAAUGCAGUCCAGAAUAAGCUCUGCCAAUGAGGUACACUGGAUACAAUUUGGCAACAUGGAGGAACUAAGUCAAGAUGAGAAGCUAUAUUUUGGCUUGAAUGAAUACAGCAAGUCUCUCCAAUGGGGAAUCACAAGCCCUCUUCUGAGAUGUGAUGAAACCUUUGAAAAAAUGGUGAAUACACUCUUAGAGAGGUACCCCAGGCUGCACAGCAUGGUGAUCCGCUGCUACCUGCUCAUUCAGCAGUAUUUGGAAGCUCUGAUGGCUCUCACCACCAUGGCCUCACUCAGGGACCACAGCACACCGGAGAUCCUCAGCAUCAUGGAUGACAUCAUCAGCACCCCAGGCAAGGACAAGAAUGGCCGUGGCCACAUGCUGCUCAUUCGGAUUCCCUCUGUGCAACUAGCAAUGCUGGCAAAAGAGCGGCUGCAAGAAGCACGGGAUAAACUUGGCCUGCAGUACCGUUUUGAGAUCAUCUUGGGGAGCCCGGCCUCAGAGCUUACUAUUGCCAAGCACUUUGUGAAGAGAUUAAAGGCAUGGAGAGGAAAUGAACAGGAUGAUUGGUUUCCUCACACAUACCAGGAUUUAGAAGGUCUGCCUUGUAUUGUUGUUUUAACUGGCAAAGAUCCACUAGGAGAAACAUUCCCCAGGUCCUUGAAAUAUUGUGAUCUCCGUCUGAUUGAUUCAAGCUAUUUAACUCGCACUGCCUUAGAACAAGAAGUGGGCCUGGCAUGCUGUUAUGUCUCAAAGGAAGCAAUCCGAGGGCCGAUUGUGGCCCUUGACCUUAGUGAAAAGGAGCAGGAGAAGGCCAGUGUUGGUGAGAAUGAUGCCGACGAGCUGUUGAUUGACUUGGAGAGGCCCCAGAGUAACAGCAGUGCUGUGACUGGGACUUCAGGUUCUAUAGCAGAAAAUGGUGUGAGCUCCUCCAGUGCCACAGACAAAUCUCAGAAGCCCCCAUCAUCUCUAAAUUUCCAGAACGUGGCCAAUAGCUCAAUCGAUGAAGGCUUUGCUGCUGGGGAGACUUUGAAACAAGAAUGUGACUCUCUAGGCAACCAGAUAGCCAGCAGUACCACUUCUAAAUUGUCAGCGGCAUCCUCUUCGAUCAGUCAGACUUUCCGGUGGCCCAGUCAGUCUGUGAAGGAACGCAACGCCUUGCGUGUGGCCUUACCCCGGAUUGUGAUCUUGUCUAAAGCUGCCUACUGCCUUCUGGGCUCACAGAAAAGUGGGCACCUGCCUUUCUCUUCCUCCCUCUUGCCUCAUGCCGACGUGUCUUGGGUUAGCUCUUUGAGGCCUUUGCUACACAAGGAUAUGAGCAGUGAAGAGCAGUCGCUGUACUACAGGCAGUGGACUGCAGCUCGGCAACACCAUGCAGACUACAGCAAUCACAAUGAAACCACUGGCAGCCGGAGCUUUCACCCACGGCGGCUCCUCCUGACUGGACCUCCACAGGUUGGGAAAACUGGCUCUUAUUUACAGUUCCUACGAAUUCUCUUUCGCAUGCUAAUAAGAUUGCUGGAAGUGGAUGUAUAUGAUGAGGAAGAAAUUAAUAUCAGCAAUUUAGAAGACAAAGAUGUUGCCCAGUCGAACAAUGAUCAAUGGCCUGAUGUUGAAAUAAUCAGUAAAAUGACUUUUGACCUCAGUGUGCAUGAUCCUAAAUAUAUACUUAUGAGUCCAGUAUACACAGAACAGGUGCAAAAAGUAAAACAAGAAACAAGCAAAGAAAUGAAAGCCGAGGAGCCGAGAAAGCGGAAUACUGUAUCCAUGAUGUUGACAAAGUAUGCAGCUUACAAUACAUUCCAUCACUGUGAACAGUGUCAUCAAUAUAUGGAUAUAAAUACUUCAGCUUCGAUGUCUGACUCCACCCUACACGCUUUUACAUUCUCAUCUUCAAUGUUAGGAGAAGAGAUUCAGCUCCAUUUUAUAAUCCCCAAAUCCAAAGAGAGCUAUUUUGUCUUCAGCAAACAGGGCAAACAUUUGGAAAGUAUGCGUCUUCCUCUUGUCUCGGAUAAGAAUCUGAAUGCAGUAAAGAGUCCCAUUUUCACUCCUUCAAGUGGGCGCCAUGAGCAUGGCCUCUUGAAUCUUUACCAUGCUAUGGAAGGCAUCAACCAUCUCCAUCUUCUUGUGGUCAAGGAAUAUGAAAUGCCACUUUACCGCAAAUACUGGCCCAACCAUAUCAUGCUAGUUUUACCAGGCAUGUUCAACAAUGCUGGAGUUGGUGCUGCUAGAUUUCUUAUUAAGGAACUUUCUUACCAUAACUUGGAACUGGAGAGAAACCGGCUGGAGGAGUUGGGAGUCAAGCGCCAAUGUGUCUGGCCAUUUAUUGUUGUCAUGGAUGAUUCCUGUGUCUUAUGGAAUAGUCAUGGUGUCCAAGAGCAGUCAAGUCAGCCCAUGGAGCAAGGAUCAACUAGUAAAAAUGUGUCUCUGAAGAGUGUUCUACAACACAUUGAAGCCACACCAAAAAUUGUCCAUUAUGCAAUCCUGGGCAUUCAGAAAUGGAACAGCAAGUUAAAUUCCAACCCACCCAAAACUCCUUUCUCCAGGUGCCACAUACAUGACUUCAUACUGCUCAACAUAGACCUGACCCAAAAUGUGCAAUAUGAUCUAAACAGGUAUUUCUGUGAAGAUGUAGAUUUUAAUCUGAGAACAAAUAGCAGCGGUCUCCUUAUUUGUUGCUUUAACAACUUCAGCCUCAUGAAGAAACACAUCCAGGUUGGAGGUCAAAAGGACUUUGAUAUUAAACCAAAAAUUAUGGUAUCAGAGAGUUUGACUCCAAUAAUGCCUCUUCAAUAUGUCUGUGCUCCGGACAGUGAGCACACACUCCUAGCAGCUCCAGCUCAGUUUCUUUUAGAGAAGUUCCUUCAACAUGCUACGUACAAGCUUUUCCCAAAGGCCAUUCACAACUUCAAGAACCCUGUGUUGGCUGUUGACUGCUAUCUAAACAUUGGGCUGCAAGUAGCUCUUUGCUAUGUCAGUUCACGGCCACACUCUGUUAACGUCAGCUACGAAGGGGUGUUUUUCAGUGGGCUUCUUCUAUAUCUUUGUGACUCUUUUGUAGGAGCAGAUUUUCUUAAGAAGUUCAAAUUCCUGAAAGGUGCAACCCUGUGUGUCAUUUGCCAAGACAGGAGCUCCUUGCGUCAAACUAUAGUCCGUUUAGAGCUGGAAGAUGAAUGGCAGUUUCGUCUGAGAGAUGAAUUUCAAACUGCCAACAGUAGUGACGAUAAGCCACUCUAUUUUCUGACUGGACGCCAUAUAUAAGCUUGAGAAAAAUGAUGAAGAGAAGAGAAACUAAAAAGUCUGACUGUGGUUUUUCCCCCUUCUUUCAUUUUAAGUACAAUCACUGUGGAGCAAAGUGCAACGAAUAAUUAUGUUCACUAAGGAUUUCCCAGAUUUUUGGACCAGUCUUUAUAUGUUUCUCUGUUUUAUGAUGGAACGAGUAUUCAUUCAAGCUAAUUCCUCAUGGGCCAGCAUUACAGAACAUCAUGGUAUACCAACUGUGACCCAACUUAGGAGAAUAACAUUUGGGUAGAUGCUGUCUCCUGAGCUCUUCAUACUGUGCUAAAUAGCGGAAAUUGAACUGACUUUUGUUCUCUAUCAACUUGAAUGUGUUAUACAGUCCACACUAAGAAUGGGGAAGAAUUUGAAGAUAAUAUACUGAGGAAUGAUCUCUUGUUUCUCUUUGUAUCUGUACAUUUGGUACGGUAAAACUCAGGGGUUUGAAAUGAAAAAGUAACAUAGAUAUUUGUGUUGAAAGGAGUAAUCUUUGUUCACUUUCUGUGCAGUGUUAGCUUAAGGUUUGUAAUUUUAUAUGUAUUGAAAUUGUUUUGGCAAAAUUUUCACAAAAGUUUCAACGUUUACUACAUAAGCCUGAACAAAUCAAUGAAUGUACAGCAGGCAUUGUAUGCACACACAGGUUUGUCUAACAGCUUUUGUUUCAUCCUUUAGGGUAACCAACUUUGUUGAUCUGAAUCCAGAGGUCUCUAUACAGGGAUAGGACAUAUCCCCUAAAUGUUAUCAGAUUCUUUCUCUGCGGUAGUAUGUAUCAAAUUUAAAUUUUAAAACCCAAGCUGUAGGGAGAAACCUUGAAAAAUAGCUGAUCAGCCAGACUAAAUAGAUUACUUAGGCAUGUGGUCUCUUGCAGUGUAUUUAAACACCACUGAAUGAUUUCCAAUACCCAUUGGGAAGUGACUAAGCAACCCAUUGUUUUGUUCUAGCUUGGUUGUUACACCAGUGAUAUUCAUGGGUUUUAAUCAUCAUCAUCAUCAUCAUCAUCACCACCUUCCUCCUCCUCCUUCUCCUCUUCCUCUUCAAUCAGUAUCUUGCUUAAGCCUCAGGUCUUGUGGGCAAAUAACACUAUUGCCUUAUUGAGAGCAUUUGCUGUCCCGUUAAAGAUUUUAAUAGUUUUUAAUAAAGUAAUUAAUGACAAAAGCAAAUCAAACCACAGGCUGUUGAGAUUCAGGAAACAUGCUGCCAAGUGAAAAAUUCCCCCAGCAAGGAGAGAGGAAGGCUCAUGGAUGCAGCUCUAUCUGUUAGGCUGCUGGCCACUUGGGCCAUGUUCCAGCUACCCUAAUGUAUCUGAGGAUGAUAGUGCUUCAUACCUCUCAACCCAUAAGGUGGCUCCUCCUUCCUCGGGUGCAUGAAGACAGCUGGAUCUCAUAUUAGCAGGUACACACCUACAGCUGGCAGUAGUGGGAUGGAGCUGUGUCUGUGAAUCCUACAGCCAGAGCAAUGCAGCACCUCCCAAAUUAUGUAUUUCACCUACAUAAUUCCUUAGGCUGAGUUGGGACCAACAGUAGGAGCCAUGGUUUUUUAAAUGUCUUGAAUACAUCUAGAAAUUCUGGUUAAUUUAUUUUAAAGCAGUGGUGUCAAACUUGUACUUUGGACUUCCCAGAAUUCCUGGCCACUGGACAAGCUGGCUAGAAACAUAGAAUCAUAAGAGUUGGAAGAGACACCAUGGGCCAUCCAGUUUAAUCCUUUGCCAAGAAGCAGGAAAAUGACAUUCAACGCACCCCUGACAGAUAGCCAUCCAGCCUCUGUUUAAAAGCCUCCAAAGGAGGAGCCUCCACCACACUCUGGUGCAGAGAGUUCCACAGCUGAACAGCUCUCACAGUUAGGAAGUUCUUCCUCAUGUUCAGGUGGAAUCUCCUUUCCUGUAGUUUGAAGCCAUUGUUCCACAUCCUAGUCUCCAGGGCAGCAGAAUUCAAGAUUGCUUCCUCCUCCCUGUGACUUCCCCUCACAUAUUUAUACAUGGCCCUCAUCAUGUCUCCUCUCAGCCUUUUCUUCUGCAGGCUAAACAUGCCCAGCUCUUUAAGCCACUCCUCAUAGAGCUUGUUCUCCAAACCCUUGAUCGUUUUAGUCGCCCUCCUCUGGACACAUUGCAGCUUGUAAACAUCUCCCUUCAAUUGUGGUGCUCAGAAUUGGACACAGUAUUUCAGGUGUGGUCUGACCAAGGCAACAUAGAGAGGUAUCAUGACUUCCCUGGAUCUAGACACUAUACUAUUUAUGCAUGCCAAAAUCCCAUUGGCUUUUUUAGCUGUUGCAUCACAUUGUUGCCUCAUGUUUAACGUGUUGUCCACAAGGACUCCAAGCUCUUUUUCACACAUAUUGCUGUCAAGCCAUGUGUCCCACAUUCUGUAUCUUUGCAUUUCAUUUUUUUCUGCCUAAGUGGAGCAUCUCGCAUUUUCUCACUGUUGAAUUUCAUUUUGUUAGUUUUGGCCCAUCUCUCCAAUCUGUUAAGAUCGUUUUGAAUUCUGUUUCCUAUCUUCUAGAGUAUUAGCUAUCUUUCCCAAUUUGGUGUCUUCUGCAAAAUUGAUGAUCAUGCCUUUAACCCUUCAUCGAAGUCAUUGGUUCUCAACCUGUGGGUCCCCAGGUGUUUUGGCCUACAGCUUCCAGAAAUCCCAGCCAGUUUACCAGAUGGUAGGAUUUCUGGGAGUUGAAGGCCAAAAUAUCUGAGGACCCACAGGCUGAGAACCACUGAUCUAAGUCGUUAAUAAAGAUGUUGAACAGAACCAGGGCUAGAAUGGAACCCUGCGGCACUACACUUGUCACUUUUUUCUAGGAUGAGGAGGAAGCAUUGGUGAACAUCUUUUGGGUUCAUUCGCUAGAGCCUCUUGGAAUUGGAGUUUGAAACAUCUGGAGGGCCACAAGCUUGACACUUCUGUUUUAAAUGCAUAAGGUUUGAUCCAAGCAGAAGACUCUCAAUGGACUCAUGGACACGUUUUCCUCACCAUUUCCCAUCCCUUCACAUGCAAUCUGUAGGAAUGGGAAAUCAGUCAUCUUUUUGAACAGUUUAUGUGAUCUAGCAGCUUGGGCUAUGAUGGUUUACAUCUUCCUCAGAAGAAACUUUAAGCUGUGGAUUGUGGGAAAGGCAUAAGAACCUCCAUCUGCAAUGCCUCCUUAUACUGCUUGCAGGUGUGCUUCACAGAAAUAAGGAAAACCCAAGUCUCCUGAAACUCUUUCAGAUGCAGUUACCGCAUGUAUGUCAGACUGGAUCCAACAGUCCUUUUGCUUGUCUGAAAUGGAGAGGUGUGUCAAAAUAGCAUUACUUUAAACAGGUACUGAAUUGUUUUAAAAUGAACUUCUUUGCACCAGCACUUUGUGCUGUGAAAUAGUCUGAGUUUAAAUAAAUCUAGUACAAUCGGGUCUUCAUACUGUAGUUAACAAUGAUGUGGUAGAUUCAUUUUCUUUUUCCAGCUUUUCUUGGUUAUUCUUUACUAUAUUGAUAGUUUUUCCUUCAUAAACAUUCUUACACUUCUUUGUGUUGCACAAAAUUUUAAGACUAGCAACCUGUUUCAGAAGAUGGUGAAAUUAAUAUUCAUUUGCAUUACAUUGAUUAUACUUAACUGUGACUCAGUUAAGAAGCACCUGCCAAAACUGCAUUUAGAACAAAGUGUUAAAAUCAUGCAACUUUUUUUACCUUGUGAAAGAGCUGUUUACAAAUGACAAAAAGCAUAAUAUAUUGAUUGAAGUUAAAAAGGGAAGUAGUGGUUUUCAAACCAAUUGGUUUUAUUAUAGUCUUACUUAAAUGUAGCAUAUUUCAAAUGAACAAUUGUUUACUUUAGUAUAGAUUUGGGAUUUCUUUUUGUGCCCAUACAAAAUCUGCCUUAUAAUUUAGUGGAUUGUUGGGUAGAUGCUACAGUUUAGGGGCUGUAAGACUGGUGGAUUCACUGGGACAGCCUACAAACACAUGACUGCUAUUCUAGGGAUAUCCUUGUUCUGGUUCUGUCGGCAAGAUUCAAUGCCUACAUAGUUGGAAUAUAGUUGUUGAGUUUGCAGAGAGCUGCCAUUUUAUUGUAAAUUUGCAGCUGUAAAGCUUUCAAAACUUUCUUUGUAUAUUUGAUGUUUGCACUAAGUUCUUAAAAUUCCAGGUGCUGAGAAUUACACAAUUAGACCUUAGAUAAAGAAAUAUCUGUAGGUUGAGGACUUGGAGACCAAGGGCCUUUUCACACAAUCCAGAGUUUGGGGCCACAUUUGUGAGGAAGCUUGGGUUAUGUUUCUGAGCCAGUAUCUAGAAAAAAAAAUGUACCAUAUUCUAGGUACUGUAUUUCCUUCUCCUGGCACAAAAUAUCACUUUUGUAGCCAUUUACAAAGAAAUACAUUUAGUUAAAAAUAAUUGUGUAAAGCAUUUGCACUCAAGUGCUAUCCAGUUCAUGCAGUUUGUAUUUAGAAUUUCUCCUUGUGCACUCCCUAUUGAGCAACUUAUGCAGGACUGUGAGUUUUGUUGUGUUCUCACUGGUGGAUGCCUACACGUUUCACUACAGUUACUAGGGAAUGCUUUGUGUGAUUGUGUGGAAAGAUCCUGAAUGCUUUCUCCUGUACUGGAUAAGAAUAAUUGAUCAGUCAAAACAAUGUCACCAAUAUAAGAAAGAAGCAUUUUGGUUGAAGCAUUUUAGGAAAUGUAUUCAUACACUAAUCAAAAAGUUUAAUGGAAUACAUUAAUAUGUGCUUCUUGAGGUGUGGCAUAUGGGAGAGAAAAGAAUCCGCAAGCCACAAAAUGCCACCAUAUUGUUAUUUUAGCUACAGGCCUUGCCAGAAGAGAACGACAUGAAUGUAUUCAAUAGGCCAGCAUUAUUUACCUGCAGACUUGUUCAACAUGAGUAAGUGACAGGUCACAGGUUGUACUGAAUGUAAUCUGUAAUUAUAAAUAAAUCACUCAGAUAUUUCUGUAAUUUAUGCAGUGCUUUGUGUGAUCUCUGAAAAGGAGUUAAAUGUUGCAUUCUUAGGACUGAUUUUCACUUGACCAGUUUCCUACACAUACUAAUUUUUGUGUAAAUUAUGGGAUGGCAAUGGCCAGGAUCCAAUGGGAGAUUAUAUUUGCUGACAGGAGUACUUCCUCACACUGCAAUCUCAUGCCGCUGAAGCACCUGUCCUAGAAAGCUGGGAAACUCUGUGGAGUCAGUUUUCAGGUGCUACUAAUGGGGAAAGAGCACCGAAAUAAAAGUUCUGAUAUGCUGGUACAUGAGACCAACAUCAGUAUAACAUUGGAUUUAGGCUACAUGAAAAAUUAGCUACAACUAAAGCAUCUGUAUGAAGCAAAAAUAAUGUGUCCAGCCAUUCCGUAAGUACACAUACUGAACCAGUCUGUGUAGGAAGCCCAUCAGGUUCAAACCAGUCCUUAAUAUAAACUCUCUUAACCAAAACUUGGUGAAUUUAGCUUCACUAGUCAGUCUACCUCACAUUUUAUUGUUUGAACUGAAAUUGUCUGCUGUUGUGGCUAUAGUAUGUUUAUAAUGUCCUUUCAUUAAAUUCAAUGAAUGUUCCAUUA